CCCGCAGGCAGUGAACGCAUAACGCAGCAAAGGCAGUCUCUUUCGCUAGUGGAUGCACAACGACGGCCGGCGUCACUCGGCCACCAGCUGCAACUCGAGGUCGCAUUCGCCGGCGCCAUCUUCCCCCCCACAUUCAGCCCUCGCCAUGUUGUAACUGGUCUGGACUCGCUCGAAGCAACUCCACGCAAACAGCCUCAGACCGCCCCCCAACUCACCGGCAGGCAAGGUUGCAGACAGAUCGACCUUGGCCGGUCGCAGCGUUGAGACAAGCUGCAAAAAGGCCAUCACGGCCGUGGUGCUGCCUAGACGGGGAGAGGUCAGGUGCUCUAUGGGAGGCGCGCGGAGGGCCCACACAGGACGCACAAUCCGUGGCCACAGGUCCAUCUCAAGAGGCCGGACAAAAUCGACCUUGGCCAGCUGCCUCCCGGACAGGUACGAUAGCAGCUCACAGCCUACGGCUAAGCUGGGCAGAAAGUAGAAUCUGACUCGCUUGACCCCCGUCAGCCCCCCGAUGAAUCGACUGAGCUUGGAUGGCGCAGAGGGCAGGUCAGAGAGAGAGAGUGUGGAAAAAUGCACCUUCAGCAGCUCGACAUGAGGGAAGGAUCGGCUGGCCGCCGUCUGCCCCUCGCCCUCUCUGUCGAUCAGCCACUCGGGGAUGCUCUCUACCACCGCUGAGCCACUCGCGCCCUCUUCGAAGUCGAUGGAGAGUGUGGACGCCCUGGGGAAGACCAGAGUGUCACGCCAUGAGGAGUGGAGGGCCGUCCCACCCAGCUUCACCUCAACCUGCAAGUACUCACGUACAUUCCCGCACACAACCAGCAAGUACCCAGAGAACGCCUCCCUCUCUUGCCUGCCAUUCCUCACCGACGGCGCCUUCCUCGCCAGCUGUCUUGCGCUAUCGGCAUAGAAGCCGCCAGGCGCAUGGGGGGCAUUCGCUGCCUCACUGCUGCAGUCGAUGAGCAGGCUCUCCUCGAACUCCGACGUCACGUCUUCAGGCCGCCACUCGAGCUCGCAAUUUACCUCGGCCGCCCACUUGCUCAUCGCCUCUCCAUCAACCGCCCCCUGCCCGAAGUCCACACCGAUCGUCGCAUCACGCACUACGAACCCCAGCUUCUUCGGCACAUCUGACAUAGAACAAAUGAGAAACAAGGACAAUGAGCCAGCCACAGCACAGCUCUCGGCCAAGUCACCUACCUUUGUUCUCCGGUUUGCUCCAGAGUGGGUUGAGAGCCUGCUUGAGGUCAUUGAGGCGGCCGAACUGGUGGGUGCGGAUCAUGACGCCGGUGAUGAUGGUGAUGUGGGGGCAGUGGGCGAGGACAGCGAUGAAGUCGCGCCAGUCGUCGUCGUCGAGGUGGAUCCAGUUGGUCUGCAAGCGCUCGAUCUUGGGCGACCUCUCCAGGACGCCGAAGAGGCUCUCCACUAUUUCACCAAUAGCAAUGGUGUCGAUCCGAAGGCUCCUGAGGUUGGGGAAUGCCCAGCGACGCUCACUGCAGACAGGGGAUGGUCGGGUGGAUGCGCCAAUUUGCACAAGCACGUUUGCUCAUCCCCCUGUGUGCUCACCUGACGUGUAUGAGAAACGAAAGGUCUCCGAUGUCCAUGUGAAGCAGUCUCGGGAAGGUCAUCGGGUCGCCCGGGGCACAUGUAUUGCCAAAGUCGGGACACCUAUCGAGCGUAUCGCUCGGUACGUGCAGAUCCUUGAGCGUCGCUCUGGACGCCUCGAGGCACUCAGACACACACCGCAAGGAUCUCAGGGAUCCAACGUAGGCCGUCUGGAUCUUGUCCUGCACACACCAAACCAACCAAAACACCGGAUCGCUCACUGGUUGGUCUGCUCUCUCCAACCGGGCCUCUCACCAGAUGCUGUAAGUGCUCCAGCCUCUGGAUGUUCUCAUAGAUCCGGCCCUCCUCCUCCGUCACGCUGAAGUGCCGGAACACGCCGAAGGUCUCGUCAAUGGCUUUCUGUCGGGUCUCCCUGUUGACCUUGGGCAUCCGGGCUGCCGUCUUGGUGCUGACGAAGGAGCCCAGGUGACCCAUGACGCCCUCAGGCAGACCCGGCAGACACGGACGGCCAUAGCCCUGACACACACAAGGGAUAAAGGAGGAUGACGACAACGCACUCACGACAACAGACAUGGUGAUGUGUGCCACCUGUGAGCUGCCCCUUUGCUGUUGUGUCCCUCCCGCAGCACCACCAACACUACUCGAACCACCUGAAGGCAACACACACCACAAGGCAGCACAGCCGUCGUCACGAUGUGUGUCAGUCCAUCGGGCGGUGUUAUGUGUACCUCCUCUACUCGCGGCGGCAGCAGCAGCAGCAGCCGGGCUGGUGCCGACACGCGAGCGCUUCCCGUCGCCAGUUGACACCUGAACACAUGAGCCGGUCCACUUGUGGAUGCACUGAGUAUGUGUGCAUGUUUCCACUGACCGCUUUGGUGUGCUGUGCCGCCUUGUCUGUCUCAUCCGAACUCUCAGACACACCGGGGGGCCGGUCGUUGACAUUGUACAGCCACCGGAAGCCCUUGGCGUCACCAUCCUUGCGCUGACAUCCACACACACGUACACAGACGCAGGCCAGUGGUCAGCUCGCUACUGAGUGUGGCGUUGACUUCUCUGUCAUUGCAGCUUUACAUGUGUGCUGCGGUCAGCAGUGGGGACCUGCGACAGCUCGUUGGCGAGUGUCGAGUUGAAUUCAUUGAGAGGCUUCAACAGCACACCGACCAGCCGGCCAGCCAACGAUGCACAGGCCUGCGAAGGGAGAAAGAGGCGGGUAAUAUGGCUGCACACGUGUGUUCGUGCUGACCUCUGUAUUGGUGUCGGCAUAUGCCGCUGUCAUCUUCGCAGCCACAGCUUUCGCGCCCAUGUCAGAGAUCACCUACAGAGCAGAGCCACCAGCAGCUGCAGCAUGUGAAGAAACUCGCCAUCCCUCCCCUUUCUCUCUUUCUCCCACCAAGUGUAUCUUGUCUAUGACAUCCCGCAAGCUGCCGUCGCCAUCCGACCCGCCGCUCUCCUCCCCUGAAUGCAACACACCAUCACCACCCAGGCAAGGCAUGAGACAAUCGGCGGAUCACGCCCAUCAGUCGACGUGUGGCUGCAGGUGUGACUGUGUCAUGACCUUGUAAGGGCACCGGGCCGCCUUCGCCACUUACGUCCAU